CAACACACCACUCGCCGUAUCAUUCCCGUCGUCGGAUCCCCUCUGACGGCCUCAGUAAACGCACCACCAGAUCCACGUCGCCGUCGAUGGGCUACUCCGCUCCGACCGCUACCACAUCCACGAGCGACUCCGGCGCAUUCGUCGCAAUCUUCCCCGGCGGCAUUGCAGGACUGUCUCGCACCGAUUCCAGCUUCGCCGCGUUGGACUGGCUAGGUGUUCAGGGCCCAGUGUAAGGAGACACCUGAAACUGGGCGAAAACGAUACAAGGCUCGAUUGAGGAGCCACACUGCACACAAGUUCCCAAGUGCCGCACCUUUGCACACCGCCAACCGUCACAUGCAUACUGCAUAGUUCAGAUCGCACUGUGACAGCUGCGCACGCUGCCCACUGUGCGGCCGAGGACGUACGAACGAGCCCACUUUGAGGCACUGCCAUUCCCUAUUGCUGGAGCAAAUCGAGUAUGCCAGCCAUGGACAUCGAGCCCAGCUAUGCCGACCUGGGCAUUCAGCGCUCUCCACCGAUGCAGAUCAGCACUCCGAGGAUGACCGCACGAGACACUGAGACCGAACAGCGCCAGUCCGUCCCGAAACUCGACCAUGAAGCCAUUCGUAAGAAGGCCAAGAAGCAACGCCAAAGGGACAAGAAGAGGGCCAUGAUGCCUGCUGCGCCUGCUGUCAAUGUCAUCAAAGGCUUUGAAACGCCCGUGACCACGGAUGGCGAGGAAUCGGACUUUUCUCGAGUCAACACCCCUCGCCUUGGUGCCGUCAGUCCCGCGUUGCAUCCAGCUACUCCGCAAGGUGGCAUUAGCUCUCUUCGCGAGCGACUCGACGCUCUCAAUCUGGAUGGCAUGAGGCCUAGUCUGGCCCGCGUCAUGUCGAACGCUUCCAUUGCGACAGCCACCCCUUCCUCGGCAGGCAGCGAUGGUGACCGCACCGAGAUGGAAGCAUAUGAUGUUCCUCUGGACACUGACUUCAUCAGUCCACUGGCGGGCUCGCACACUCCGAUCUUUGCGUCCCAAGCUGUGGAGGGUGGGCUGCGAACGGGCUCGAUGCAUCGGAAGAUGCAUGCCGAGGACUUUGAACCACUGCGCUGUCUUGGCAAAGGCGCUUUCGGCACCGUCCACCUGGUCAAGCAGCAGUGCACAGGCAAGCUAUAUGCACAGAAGCAGUUCAAGAAGGCCAGUCUCACGGUUCACAAGCGACUCAUCGAGCAGACUCGCACCGAACGCACCAUUCUCGAAUCCGUCAACCGCCACCCUUUCGUGGUCAAGCUCUACUAUGCGUUUCAGGACCAGGAGAAGCUCUACCUGAUCCUGGAGUAUGCGCAGGGCGGCGAGCUCUUCACGCACCUGGCCUUGGAGGGCAUGUUCACGGCAGAAGUUGCUGCAUUCUACAUGGCGGAGAUAAUACUGGCGCUGGAGCACCUGCAUCAUGAAGUUCGUGUCAUUUACCGCGAUCUGAAGCCCGAGAACUGCCUGCUCGAUGCCGAAGGUCAUCUCUUGCUCACCGAUUUUGGUCUGUCCAAGGUAUCGGCGGAGGAGGACGAUCGCGCCAACAGCAUCCUGGGCACGAUUGACUACAUGGCUCCCGAAGUGGUGGAGGGAAAACCAUACGAUUUCUCGGUUGAUUGGUGGGGCUUGGGAGCAAUAGGAUGCGACCUGCUCACGGGUCAGCCGCCCUUCGGUGGGAACAAUCACGCAAAGAUUCAGCACAACAUUGUCAAGCAAAAGCUGCAGCUUCCGUACUAUCUGGGACCAGAUGCCAAAGACAUUCUGACGCGCCUCCUGCGCAAGGAGCCACACAAGCGUCUGGGUGGCACGACGAGUAAAGGGGUCAAGGAGCUGAAGGCACACCGCUUCUUCAAGAAGAUUGAUUGGAAGAAACUGGAGAGGAGAGAGAUGGAGCCUCCCAUUCAGCCCGUGGUUACGGAUCCGGAGCUGGCCGAGAACUUCGCGCAAGAGUUCACCGAUCUUCCCCUCAGCCCCGUGGUGUCUCGCAACAGCGGCAAGUUGGCAGACGACCAGCUCUUGGCUCACUCGAACGAUCCCUAUGCCAGUGCGGAAGCCGAUCCCUUUGGGGGAUUCAGUUUCGUGGCCAGCAAGAGUCUGCUCGAGGAUCACUUUAUGCUUGACGCUUGACUAGAUGAUGGACGUGGAGAUUUUGUUGUUGGUGGUCUUGCAGUAGCAGUGGAAGUGGUGGUAAUUAAAGAAGCAAUUCUAAAAGUACAUGCUCGCAUGAUCAAUCAUGCAGACGAGCCAUCAACAGCAUCCUGCACCGUCCCACUCUCCUUUACAUCACUCGUCGCUGGUGUGCCUGACGUGGGGGUGGUGGUAGUAGUAGUGGAAUUUGACGCAGCAGCAGCAGCUUUUGCAUCUUCCGACUUCUUCUUCGCAGCUAAUUGCCACGCGGGAAUCGCAGCUUUGCCCGCACUAUUUCCCAACAAACGGGAUUGGUACGGAUUCGAGUUUGUUGUUGAUGAGGAAGAAGUGCUCGCGGGAGCAGUAUAUGGCGAGGAAUUUCCCCUGUUUUCGGCAGCAGGAGAAGAGGAGGAGGAGGGGGAGGGAACGUCGUCCGAUUGUUGCACAGGAGUACCAUUUCCUAGCACUUGGCCAUUUUGCGAUGGUGGUUGUUGUUGUGAAGAUGAAUAGCUCGGCGUGGAAGGUCGGAGGGGAGUCGAGCCUACACCAUCUCGCAUGCGAUUCUGCACCAGAGUUUUCAGACUCUUCAUUUCCGUACCCAACUCUUUCAAUCGCUCUUCUUGCGCCUGUUUUUCCUUUUCAAUGGCUUUGGGAAUCAGAUCUCGCAGUUCGCCCAAUUCUCGGGCGUUGCGUUUCGCCUCUUGUUCGCGCUCCUCGUUGGCGAGCUUCAUCCGACCAAUGACAUUCUCUACUUCCGAGAGGGCUGCGUCUAGUCGCUCUUUGCGCUGUGCUUCGGCGUUUUUGAGCUCCUCGGUAUCGGCGGAGAGUUGUUCGAGGAGUUGGAAUGUUUUCUCAAAGGACUCGUCCACGCUCUUUUUGUCUUGUUCGAGCUGAGGUGGAGUGGGAGGGGCGAUCAAGGGGUAGACAUAGCGUUUGGCAGUCCAAUAUAAGCCGUAGCCAAUGCCUGAAGCGACGGUCGCGGCGAUGAAGUAGUCUCGCCAGUCACGGCGCGGAGGUUCGGGGAGAGGCUGUUGCCAAGUCCCAUAGGGUUGAUAGGCAUUAUUGUAGGGUGGUUGUUGUUGGUAUUGCUGUUGUUGUCGAUAUUGUGGUGGAGGUUGUGAGGUUGUCGAUGUGGCUGGGGAAGGCGAUUGGCCUGUUCGGGCGAGAGAAGUGUCGAUUUCUUCCUGGGUGAGGUUCUUGGAGCGCAGAAAGGCGACGCGUUGCUCGAUGGGCGCCGAUGCGACAGAGGGAUCUUGGAGGAAGGAGAUGGCGCCUUCGACCAGGUCCUCGCGGACCAUCUUGGCAGACAGACAGUCACUGGGACGGGAGGGAAAGACGAUGAUGUUGCAGCAAGAGACAGU